AUGGCAAAGCUCUGUUGGACGGUCGUGUGUAUCCUCGCAUCAUUGGAGCUCUGCACUCCGCUCAUAAAUGAAUUGGAACCGGGUAAAGAAUGGCCCAAACGUCAAUCUGUAAGACAACCUCAGGAUGAGAUAGUCCCUGAUGUAACUACAGUUGUAUCCGAUACAACGGUAGAUUUAAUUGAUAUACCAGAAGAUGUACGAGAUGAAGAAGAGAAGAUACAAACAAAAGCUGCAGAUGCAGAAGAAUCUAAAGUAGAUUACUCCGGAGCGCAACUAUGGAAAGUGGCGGCCGAUAAGAAUGGAGUAAGAAUACUUUUAGGUAGACUGCGUCGGAGAAAUCUUAUUUCAACGUGGUCGGGGAACCAAACGUACAUCGACGUCCUUGUUAAACCUGACGCCGUACAGAACGUUACACGAAUAUUUAAGAGAGAGAACAUUACUUUUGACGUAAUUAUUGAGGAUCUACAAAGAAGGAUCAACGAAGAAAACCCUCCACUCGAUGAGAACGAAAUUGAGCUGCAGGAUAGGCGAGCAAGAGCUUACAAUUUUUGGCGUUACAGGGCCAACCGACGUUUAGGUGUGAUAAAAGCCUUCAUGGGCUACAGCUCUCUUAAUCUUCCAAUGGAGUUAUGGCCAUAUGCCAACUGGGGUCACCGUAUGACAUGGAAACAAUAUCACAGAUUGGAAGACAUUCACGGCUUUAUGGAUUAUUUAGCUAAAACGUAUCCCAAGAUCGUGAGCGUGAACUCAAUAGGAAAAUCCUAUGAAGGAAGGGACCUUAAAGUUCUUCGUAUAUCAGAUGGAAAACCAUCAAACAAGGCGGUUUUUAUCGACGGCGGUAUACACGCUAGGGAAUGGAUCAGCCCGGCAACCGUCACAUACUUCAUCAACCAAAUAGCUGAAAACUUUGACGAAGAAUCCGAUGACAUAAGGAAUAUUGAUUGGUACUUCUUGCCUGUCGUCAAUCCCGAUGGAUACGAAUACACGCAUAUCAAAGAUCGUUUGUGGAGAAAAAAUAGAAAACCGGCACUUUACGGUGUGAGACAAUGUGUUGGGACCGAUUUGAACAGGAAUUUCGGAUAUCGUUGGGGUGGUAAGGGUUCUUCAAGUAAUCCCUGCAGUGAAAUAUAUAGAGGAGCUAGAGCAUUUUCUGAACCGGAAUCCAGAGCAGUAUCGGAAUUCAUCAAGACAAGUGCAGCUAACUUCUCAGCAUACCUGACAUACCACAGCUAUGGUCAAUAUUUAUUAUACCCUUGGGGAUAUGACAAUGCAGUCCCACCAGAUCAUAAAGAAUUGGAUCUUGUCGGAAAAAAUAUAGCAGCGGCAAUUGAAGCGACUGGCGGCUCUAAAUAUUCUGUUGGGUCAUCUAGUGGCCUUCUUUAUCCUGCUUCUGGAGGAUCAGAUGACUGGGCCAAAGGCCAGGGCAUUAAAUAUGCAUACACAAUUGAACUAAGCGAUACUGGACGCCAUGGAUUUGUUUUGCCGACAACCUUUAUUGAACCAGUUGCAAGGGAAUCAUUAUCAGGCUUAAGAGUACUUGCAGCCCAAUUAAGAAAGAACUAA